UUACAGAGUAUAACGUGUGUUCCAGUUUUCGAUAGCUUUGCUUUGAGGUAAUGGAACGCUUAUAUGGAUUUGGCGCGAAAAUAUUUGUACUUAAAAAUGACAAGGCAAUUUUCCCACCCUUCUGCAAGAUGUACACCAAUGAUAAGCUAGGACAUACGUAAAGUUACUGUGCUAAGCUUUACCUGUGUAUUGUCAUUAUAAGGGCAUUUUCUUUAUUAACGGCACUUUCAGUUCUUCUUUCUGCAGCAGCUAUUUCCAAAUUUUCUGUUAUUUCAACAUAGUAGCAUAAAUACCAACAUCACACGAACCACUUUUAGUUAGUAAAUAUAACUCUGAAAAUGCGUGAAGUAAUAUCAAUACAAAUUGGUCAAGGCGGAAUACAAAUCGGCAAUGCUUGCUGGGAAUUGUAUCUCUUGGAACAUGGUAUUGAUGUUGAUGGUACCAUGAAAACCAAACCUGAAAGUUCGAGUGGUUCAGAUGAAUUGGGAACAAAUGUGAAAAGUGAGAUGGCAAAUGAUUCAAAUACAUUUUUUGCCGAAACAGGAAUGGGUAAACGUGUGCCUCGAACAGUUUUUGUUGAUCUGGAACCAACAGUUAUCGACGAUGUGCGCACAGGUAACCUGAGAAGCUUGUAUCACCCAGAACAACUUAUAUCGGGUAAAGAAGAUGCGGCUAACAAUUAUGCACGUGGCCAUUAUUCUAUUGGAAAAGAAGCAAUCGAUAAAGUUAUGAAUCGUGUACAAAAAUUAGCAGAACAGUGCGAGAGCUUACAAGGUUUCUUAAUAUUUCAUAGCCUCGGAGGCGGAACGGGUUCGGGCUUCACAUCUUUACUUAUGCAACGCCUAACCGCAGAUUUUAGUAAGAAAUGUAAAUUAGAUUUUGCGGUAUAUCCAUCGCCAAGAGUGUCAACAGCCGUCGUAGAGCCUUACAACGCAUUGCUAACUACACAUGCAACUUUAGAAACCUCGGACUGCGUAUUUAUUGUAGAUAAUGAGGCAAUUUAUGAAAUUUGUCAGAAUAGAUUAAAUGUGGAUCGACCCGGUUAUCGAAACUUAAAUCGGCUCAUAGCUCAAAUUGUUAGUUCAACAACUGCUUCAUUACGUUUCAGUGGUUCUAUGAAUGUUGAUCUUAAUGAAUUUCAAACAAAUUUGGUGCCUUACCCCCGAAUACACUUUCCAUUGGUGGCAUAUGCGCCUUUGGUUUCUUCAACGAAUGCAUCUCACGAGCACAAUGCCAUAAUGGCCUUAACAAACUCUUGCUUCGAACCUUCGAACAUGAUGGUGAAAUGUGAUCCACGCGCUGGAAAAUAUAUGGCAUGUUGCAUGCUUUACAGAGGUGAUGUAGUACCAAAGGAUGUAAACGCGGCGGUAUCGGCUAUUAAAUCUAAAAGACAUAUUCAAUUUGUGGACUGGUGUCCCACUGGAUUUAAAAUAGGUAUCAAUUACGAGAAACCUGCUUGUGUACCAGGCGGAGAUUUAGCUCAAACAUCACGGGCAGUGUGUAUGCUCUCAAAUACAACAGCUAUUGCUGUCGCAUUCAGUAACUUAGAUUAUAAAUUUGAUCUGAUGUUUAAGAAGCGGGCUUUUGUUCACUGGUAUGUUGGAGAGGGAAUGGAAGAAGGAGAAUUCACAGAAGCAAGAGAGGACUUAGCUACAUUAGAGCGGGAUUACGAAGAAGUCGGGGCAGAUGAUCAAGAACAAAGUGACAACGUUGAUGAUGAAUUUUAAAUUAUUUUCAAUAAAUAAAACAUAAAACUUGUAA